GGAUGGAUGCCUUCGGCCUGCAUCCAGAAAGUGAGAUGUGGCUUUCAGCUACUCGAAUGAUGAUUCGAAACAUCCCCGCCCGCUGCACAGAGGGGGAGCUUCGCGGCAUGUUAAACAGCGCGAAACUUCCGUACAAGCUGGAAAUGCCUAAAGGGGGACCAAGCAAGUGCAAGGGCUUUGCCUUUGUAACUAUGCCCCAGGCUUUUAUGCUUGUCGUGCUUGCACGUGUGCUUUGGCAGAGCAGUGUACCCACGAGGGAGAGCGGUCGCAAACUGAAGAUUCACCCGGCCGAUAUGACGCUGGCAAAGUUUGCCGGCCAUGAUUUGCUCUUGGAGCUAUAG